AUGACUAAUUUAUUAAUUUUAUUUCCCUCAAAUCCCCCGAAGGUGUUUUCCUUUGAUGAACUUGCACAACUGUUGAAAGAUAUUUUUUAUGAACCGUCUUCUUCACUGAACUUUUGCUGCAACUGUUUGAAUCCGGUUAGAUCGGGCAUUGAUGACUAUCUUACAUAUGCAAGCGUAUUGAACCGUCAGUGUGAAAGAUUCAAACUCAGAAAAAGGACAGAAGAUCAAUUUAAAUGUCUCAGCUUUAUCUGUGGCCUACAGUCACCACGAGAUGUCGACAUCCGAGCUCGAUUGUUAAGCAAGUUUGAACAGAAUCCAUCAGUCAACCACGAUACAGCAAUUAUAGAUCGUACUAAUCUAUCUCAAUUUGACCAUGUGCAUGCCGUUUCGAAGAUUAUUCAGAGGCCAGGUGCGAAGAAGCAAUCGGUGGCGUUCAGUAAGCCACCUACGUCUUACUGGAAGUGCAAUAAAUGGCACUUCGCCCGUUUCUGCCCCUUCAAGAAGCACCAGUGUCAGAAGUGCCACAAAAAAGGAUACAAAGAAGAGUGCUGCCGCACAACCUUCUCUCAACAAGGCAACUGGAAGUGCAAUGGCACUUCGCCCGUUUCUGCCCCUUCAAGAAGCACCAGUGUCAGAAGUGCCACAAAAAAGGAUACAAAGAAGAGUGCUUGCUGCACAACCUUCUCUCAACAAGGCAACAAACCAUUCAAGCAAACAAUGCGUCCUUCAAAGCCACACACCAAACCAGUACUAGUCAGUUUCAACCCGGAUUGGAAACGUCAGAGAAAAUUCGUACGUCUGCAACUCGAUACCGCUUCCGAUAUCACAGUCAUUCCCAAAGAUAUCUGGAAAAUAAUGGGUAGACCUCUUUUCAACUUCACAACUCGUGUUGCUCUAAACGCUUCUGGUGGAAAAUUACAAUUGACCGGUGAGCUUCCUUGUUCUGUGCUGUGCAACAAUAUUCGUUUCACUGGAAUGUUACUUGCCCUUGGCUAUCAAGCGGCUCUCUGGACUCGGGUUCACGGUAUUAAGAAGGCAUUAAGAAAACUGUGGUCUACAACAGAAAACAACCUCACUUUUGUACUGGCCGAGAAGAGGAAAUUAGUGGGACCACACAGAAAAGCAGACGAAUAUCGGGCACUGAACAAGGACUCAACGAUUGCAGGACGUGAGCUAGACACGGGACAAAUAGCAGACUUGGGAAAAUUUAGAUAUCUUGUGGCGGGAUUACGAUUUAUACCAAAAGGAUUGAUGAUCAAGGUAAAAGAAAUGGAUAAACAGUCCACUAUAUUUUUUUAUGAACCGUCUUCUUCACUGAACUUUUGCUGCAACUGUUUGAAUCCGGUUAGAUCGGGCAUUGAUGACUAUCUUACAUAUGCAAGCGUAUUGAACCGUCAGUGUGAAAGAUUCAAACUCAGAAAAAGGACAGAAGAUCAAUUUAAAUGUCUCAGCUUUAUCUGUGGCCUACAGUCACCACGAGAUGUCGACAUCCGAGCUCGAUUGUUAAGCAAGUUUGAACAGAAUCCAUCAGUCAACCACGAUACAGCAAUUAUAGAUCGUACUAAUCUAUCUCAAUUUGACCAUGUGCAUGCCGUUUCGAAGAUUAUUCAGAGGCCAGGUGCGAAGAAGCAAUCGGUGGCGUUCAGUAAGCCACCUACGUCUUACUGGAAGUGCAAUAAAUGGCACUUCGCCCGUUUCUGCCCCUUCAAGAAGCACCAGUGUCAGAAGUGCCACAAAAAAGGAUACAAAGAAGAGUGCUGCCGCACAACCUUCUCUCAACAAGGCAACAAACCAUUCAAGCAAACAAUGCGUCCUUCAAAGCCACACACCAAACCAGUACUAGUCAGUUUCAACCCGGAUUGGAAACGUCAGAGAAAAUUCGUACGUCUGCAACUCGAUACCGCUUCCGAUAUCACAGUCAUUCCCAAAGAUAUCUGGAAAAUAAUGGGUAGACCUCUUUUCAACUUCACAACUCGUGUUGCUCUAAACGCUUCUGGUGGAAAAGUUGUCUUAACACACAGUGUGGUUGAGUUUCACUACGAUACUGAAUCCGAUUCUACUUUCGAAUCAUGGUUACGAUGA